GGCGACGCGUCGCUGUCUGCAGCUGCAGAAACCUGGUGGGAAGAACAUUUUCUAAAAAUGCUCCUCAAACUUCUGGGCCCGGAUAAAGCGGCAGGACACACUGCCUUGAGCUCGGUCACAGACUGCUGUUUUCACGGCUGCAGUGUCAACUAAAAACGAUGCAGUCCCUGCCAGUGGAGGUGGGCAGCAGCUCCGCCCCCAGCGACACACCUGGCUCGGUGGUGCAGGUGUGCUUCCCCAGCGCUCAGGCUUCGGUGCUGGACAGCCUGAACCGGCAGCGGAAGGAAGGCAGACUCUGUGACCUGUCCAUCCACGUCCAGGGACAUGUGUUCAAGGCUCACCGCUGCGUCCUGGCCGCCUCCUCACCUUACUUCCACGACCAGGUGCUUCUGAAGAACAUGUCUACAGUCUCCAUCCCGGCUGUGAUGGACCCGCUGGCGUUUGAGAGCGUGCUGAGCUGCGCCUACACGGGCCAGCUCCAGAUGCUGCGCGAGGACAUCGUGAACUACCUCACUGUGGGCAGCGUCCUGCAGAUGUGGCACAUCGUGGACAAAUGCACCGAGCUGCUGAAGGAGGGACGGGCCACGGUGGGAGGAGGGAGCGCUGCAGGAGGUGGUGUGCAGGACGGGGCCGCUGUCAGUGGAGGAGGAGGGUCUACGAACCCCGGCUGCAGCAGCAGCAACGGUGAGGGUGGUGCAGGCGGUGGUGCAGGCGGUGGAGGUGAAGGUGAAGGCGGAGGUCAAGCCCAGGUCAUCGAGUCCAAUGAGCCCCAACGCGCCUCCCAGCCCCCCAGCCGGCCUUCGGUCAGCGAGAGCCAGUCGCCCAGCAGCACCAACUACUUCAGCCCCAGGGAUGGGAGCAGCUUUGGGGGGAGUGGUGCUGCUGCAGCCGGGGCCUCAGUGGACGGAGGAGGGGCCAGCAACACCCCCGGCUACUGCACGCCGUCCGGAGGAGAGGAGGCCUUUCUCAUUGAGGAAGAGGAGGAGGAGGUAGAGGAGGAAGAGGAGGAGGUGUUGUACCACCAAAGGAAGAGAGGAAGAGUAGGAGGCAGCGCAAGGAGGAAGAAAAUGAGCUCAGUGUCAGAGCAGGAGGUCGGGGUCAGUGAUAGCUUCGGUGUGUCAUCCUACCAGGACGGGGAGGAGUCGGCCUUACCCCCACAGAAGCGUCCCACCUACAGUCAGCCCAGCAUCAUGCCUCGCAAGCAGUGGGUGGUGGUGAAAACCGAGCGCACCGAGGACGACGACCUCAUUGUGGUGUCCGGGGAGGAGGGAGGGGAAGAAGAGGAGGACGAAGAUGAGAGGGAGAUGGAACUGGCCCGAGAACGGGAACGAAGUGACUUCAACAUCUCCAAUGUGAGGAGCCUUUCAGCCGAGCUGGGAGGCAGAGCGGAGAACGACAUGGAUUCACAGGUGGACUACUGCCAGUCUUCAGAAGACUACCUCAAGUUUGAAGGAAGUUUAAUGGACCAGACUUUAGCGCAGCAGCUUCAUGACAGCGCUGCAGGUCAGAGUCAGAGCACUAACCGUGCAGUGUCAGCGCUGCUGGGCCAGGUCCAGUCUGCAGCCUCGGCCCGAGCCCAGCUCUUCCCCCUGGACAUGCAGGGGAACCAGAUCCUCCUAUACAGCCAGGCGUCUGGACUCUCCCUGGAUGCUCCUCCUCCUCCUCUGGGGAUGGCGGGCGGUAUGAUCGGAGGCGCCUCCUUCAAAGGUCCCGGUCUGGAGCACGGCGCGGUCCACCUGUCACUGCAGGGCGGUUUGGGAGUCGACGGGGCCGACAACGGGGGGCUCGGAAGUGGAGGUGGAAGCAGCAACGGCAGCAGCAGCAGUGGAGGUUCAGGGAAAGUGUUCAUGUGUCACUGUGGAAAAACCUUCACGCACAAGAGCAUGAGGGACCGCCACAUCAACAUGCACCUGGACCUGAGGCCCUUCCACUGCCCCGUCUGCGCCAAGAAGUUCAAGAUGAAACAUCACCUCACUGAGCACAUGAAGACGCACACGGGCCUCAAGCCGUACGACUGCCUCGGCUGCGGGAAGAAGUUCAUGUGGCGCGACAGCUUCAUGAGGCACCGCUCACACUGCGAGAGGCGCAGCGGGCUCGGAGAGGGAGGCGAAGGCGGGAGCGGCAGUGAGGGAGGGAGGAGAGGUGGAGGAGGAGGUGACGAUGGGUCGGAUUUGAUGUCCUCCCCCCACCUGCUCCUGUCAGCAGGUGAGGGAGCUCAGGGUGGGAUUCUGGGUGGAGGGGGAGGGAGGGGAGGGGUCAGCGGCAGCAACAACAGCAUGAGUAACAGCAGCGGCUCUGCCCUGAGCAACAACAUGGCCGCCGCAGGGGGGCUCCUGGGGGUGGUCUCUCAUAGCCCCGGUCAGGGUCAGGGGUCAGGGAUGUUCGGCGGUUUAGCGCUGGGUCGAGGUGUGUGCGAUGAGGAUGUGUGUGAGGUCAGCGCCAACGACAGCAGCGUGACUUAAACCUGCGGUGUGUGUUUAGUCCAACGGGUGCCUCUGUCUGAGCUGCCUCUUGUUCCUGCUGCUCUUUUGAUGAUAAACUGUAAAAAAGAAGCGCAGUGUUCCUCUGAAACACUUUAACUGCCAACAUUUAGCAUCGUAAGCAGGAAGUGCACAUUUUGUCAAGAGU